CAGAAGGUUAGAAACCAAACGCACAAAAGAAAAGGGACGAGAGGAGAAUUUGGAAUUCUCGUACGGAGCAUCAUUUUCUUCUUCCUAAAAGGAAAUCGAAGCGAGGAGGCGUCCGCGAGAUGGCGAUGGCGAGCUUGGCGAGGAGGCGCGCGGCCGAGGCGGUGCUGCUGCGGCGGCCUCACGCGGCGGCGUGGGCCUCCGCGUGCCGCGGGUACGCGGCGUCGGGGGAGGAGAGCGACGUCGUCGUGAUCGGCGGCGGGCCCGGCGGGUACGUGGCGGCCAUCAAGGCGGCGCAGCUCGGCCUCAAGACCACCUGCAUCGAGAAGAGGGGUGCGCUCGGGGGCACCUGCCUCAACGUCGGAUGCAUCCCGUCCAAGGCUCUUCUGCAUUCGUCACAUAUGUACCAUGAGGCGAAGUCUUCUUUUGCACACCAUGGCGUCAAGUUCUCCAAUCUGGAGGUAGAUCUGCCUGCAAUGAUGUCUCAGAAAGACAAGGCUGUUGCUGGGCUUACAAAAGGCAUUGAAGGCCUUUUCAAGAAGAACAAGGUUGAAUAUGUUAAAGGGUUCGGGAAGCUUGUCUCCCCAUCAGAGGUAUCUGUGGAUUUGGUCGAUGGUGGUAGCACUAUCGUCAAAGGGAAGAACAUAAUUGUUGCCACUGGCUCAGAUGUGAAAUCACUCCCUGGAGUUACAAUAGAUGAGAAAAAGAUAGUGUCAUCUACUGGGGCUCUUGCACUUACAGAAAUACCAAAGAAGUUGGUGGUUAUUGGAGCUGGAUACAUCGGUCUGGAGAUGGGUUCUGUCUGGAACAGACUAGGGUCUGAGGUCACUGUCGUUGAAUUCGCCCCUGAUAUUGUCCCAUCAAUGGAUGGAGAGAUAAGGAAGCAAUUUCAGCGUAUGCUGGAGAAGCAAAAGUUUAAGUUCAUGCUCAAGACGAAGGUAGUUGGGGUUGAUAGUUCUGGAAGUGGUGUCAAGUUAACUGUGGAGCCUGCAGCUGGUGGAGAGCAGACUGUCAUUGAAGCUGACAUUGUCCUUGUAUCUGCUGGCAGAGUCCCAUACACUGCUGGUAUUGGGUUGGACGCCAUUGGUGUUGAGACCGAUAAGGGUGGAAGGGUCCUUGUCGACAAGCGCUUCAUGACAAAUGUUAAGGGCGUGUACGCGAUUGGGGAUGCGAUACCUGGACCAAUGCUUGCACAUAAAGCUGAAGAGGAUGGUGUUGCAUGUGUUGAGUUCAUUGCUGGGAAGGAGGGCCAUGUUGAUUAUGACACUGUACCUGGCGUGGUGUAUACACACCCAGAGGUGGCCUCUGUUGGCAAGACGGAGGAACAGGUCAAGGCAUCUGGAGUAGCCUACCAGGUUGGGAAGUUCCCCCUGUUGGCAAACAGUCGGGCGAAGGCAAUCGAUGAUGCUGAAGGGAUGGUGAAGGUUAUAUCUGAGAAGGAAACUGACAGAAUCCUCGGUGUACACAUUAUGUCCCCUGGUGCAGGAGAGAUCAUCCAUGAGGCUGUGCUUGCGCUUCAGUAUGGAGCUUCCAGCGAGGACAUCGCCCGUACAUGCCAUGCGCACCCAACAGUGAGCGAGGCCCUGAAGGAGGCGUGCAUGCAGACCUAUGACAAGGCCAUCCACAUGUGAUUCCUGAUAUGAUUUCAGCUGUCAGCUCAAGACGCUUCAAACGUUUUGAAAUAAUUCUGAAUCGAUGUCUUCUCAAAACAUCUAUCUGUUUUUUGUGAGCUCCUUUUUCUCUGCGGAACUGUGAAUUGCCAACUUCGCUGCAGAUUGUAGUUACAUGAUGUUAAAUUCUGUUAUCUUGCUAGCUGCUGCGUCUGCCCCUACUUCCUAAAUAAUAUGGUAAACUGAAGUUGCUGUUAUUAUUCCCUAGGUUAGAGCUUCCUUUUGACAAUACCUGGGAGAAAAAAACAUCAUGUUAUAAGUUCUCGCUGUAUUUCUGCUGCCUUAUUCGAUUUGGUUACCUCAUACCUGAA